GAUUUUUACUCACUAAAUCGCUAUAUAUUCAGCACAGUCGCGCCCGAUUAGUUGUUUUUAUAUAUUCUCGUUGUGUUUAUAUUAACAUUUUUAUGUUAACUUUUAAAUAAUGAGGUACUUCAUAUUUUCUUUGGUAAUGUUCGUUGCAGUAACAUCCGUAACUUUUGCCGAUGAAAAAAAAUACGCACCCAUUUCGCUUGCCGAUCCUGAUGGUGCUGCUUAUCCGUUUUGUAGAUACGAGGAUUGUCUGAAGUUUUGUCAAAAGCACGGCCAUAAGAAUGGCUACUGCUACCAAGAUUACUGCUGGUGUGUCCUUUAAGAACAUUGAAAUUCAUUUUGUUAGUGUAUAGUUCCCAUUUAUUUUUAUUUGUUUUGUUCAUUUCGCUUCUCAGAGAAGAGGCAUAUAUCUUGUCUAGAUUGACUAUGCUACAAAGUAAUAAAUAAUAAAAGGAAACAAUGCUUGCUGUUAAAACGUAACUCGCGUUUAUUUGGAAACUUUUACCUUCAAUAUCGGUUGAAGUUAACGAAGAUAAAUAGGCAAUUUUCCAAUCACAAAAAAUAUUUCUGGAUUUUUAGUUCGUUUUAACAGCUAGAUAAAAGCUUGUUUUUAAAAACGUACCCUUUUCUUAAUUUUUUACUUUUUAGUAUUUAUAACAAAUAACGAGUUUAAUAAUACCAUAAAACUUCUUACUUUAUACAUAAUUAUGAGAUUUUGGUAAAUAUAAACCAUAUAUUAGAUACGUAAAUACGUGAGACAUACUUACAUCUAUAAGCAUCCUUGCUCAAUUGAUUGAAGAAAUGAAGCGUACCUAUAUUUUAGCGUACGUUAAAGAGCUGAAAUUUGAUAUGGUUAUUAUAUUUGAGUGUUUAUUUUAAAUAAAAGUCGACUAACCUAAUCUUUAGAUCCUAGGACCAGAGUAUUUGUCAACAAGAAUCAAACGCAUCCCAACUUGAUGGGUUUGCGUCGAUUUAUUACGGAGUUCCCGUGGCCACCACCCGGCACCAUCAUUAUUUCAGCUCCAUGUCAUUAUAAUUUAUUGUCAUGUUAAACGUCUGCCAUAUUGGAGUUAGAAUGACGUCACUUUGCUCGUUGUAUUUUUCACAUCAAGCCCUUCCAUAUGAUACCCAUAUCAUAGGGCUAACUAUGGAAAUUAUAAAUCGCCAUUCAGCGGCCGCCGCCAUAUUUAAUUUAAGUUAAUUUGCUUAUUUUUUGUCUCUGAUCAACCCCUUCCAUUUAAUGUCCAUAUCAGAGGGGUUACUAUGAUAAAUCGCCUUUUUGUAGCAUCCGCCAUAUUGGAUUCAAAAUGGCGGGAUUUUGUAUUGUCAUGAACCAAGCGUGUAUAUAAAAUUUCAGUGCAACUGGUUAAGGCUAACUGGUUCAAAAUUCAAUUUCAAGAUUAUUCCCACACAUACAGGUAUAUCUACUAACGUUUUAACAUAUACAUAUACCAACAGAUUAAGUUAAAUAUAAACUUGCAAAAUAGACUAUCUGUAUAUUGCCUUGAGUUAUCGGUCAUAUUUCUGACUAAAGGGCAAGAAAAGCUUAGGAAUACAAGAAAAAAAUUAUUAAUUUUUGUUUCUUUCAAUACACAGAAAGUGAUAAA